UCCCUCCCUCUUGUUGGCCGCACGCGCAGCCUGCUCACCCAAUCGCUGCAGCCCUAUCCGCCUCGCGCUGGGGUCUCUCACGCUGUCCCACCUUCGCAUUGCUGCCUUGCGCCCGGUCUCGUGCCCCCACAGCUGUUGCCGCCAUGGGUUGGUGUUGUGAGUACGUGACGCCCGAGCAGUUGGCAGGCUUUGAUAAGUACAAGUAUAGCGCAGUGGACACUAAUCCUAUCUCCCUGUAUGUGAUGCACCCAUUUUGGAAUUCAAUAGUUAAUCACCAGGAAAUGUGCAUGUUCCUAGCUGGGUUUGGAUUGUAGCUGGACUACUCAACUUUACAGCGUAUACUCUAGAUGGAGUAGAUGGAAAACAAGCACGUAGAACUAACUCCAGCACCCCACUGGGUGAGCUGUUUGAUCAUGGGCUGGACAGUUGGGCCUGCAUAUACUUUGUGGUGACUGUAUAUUCUAUAUUCGGCCGUGGGGAGAAUGGAGUCAGUGUCCUGGUUCUUUACCUCCUUCUGUGGGUUGUGCUGUUCUCCUUCAUUCUUUCUCACUGGGAGAAAUAUAACACUGGAAUACUCUUCUUGCCUUGGGGAUAUGAUUUGAGCCAGGUGACUAUUUCCUUUGUUUAUUUGAUCACAGCAGUUGUGGGUGUGGAAGCCUGGUAUAAACCUAUAGUCUACACCAUCUUAUACCGUGACGUCUUCACAACGAUGAUUGUUGAGCAUAUCGUAACGACACGUUGAAGCACAAAACAUUCUACGAAUCAAUGCUUCCUCUCAUCUCUCCAGUGCUGCUGUUUGCACUCUGCACUCUCUGGAUCGUUGUUUCCCCUUCAGAUAUUUUGGAAGCCCACCCUAGACUUUUCUAUUUCAUGAUGGGGACCACAUUUGCUAAUAUUACGUGUCAGCUGAUAGUAUGCCAGAUGAGCAGUACGAGAUGUCAGCCUCUGAGUUGGCUUCUCAUCCCACUGACCCUGGUUGUGUUCACUGUAACAGCUGGAUUUGCCCGGAAGAGUGAAGGAGUCUUGCUGAUUAUUGUUACAGCACUUGUAACUGUUGCACACAUACAUUAUGGUGUAAGCGUGGUAAACCAAUUGAGUAAACACUUCAACAUUUUGCCUUUUUCACUUAAAAAGCCUAAUUCGGACUGACUAGAGGAGGAAGAGAAAGUCGGCUUGCAGUCUGCAGAAGUUUUGUAAAGAGAGAGCUUCCCUGCACUUCGUCCAUCACCACAAACAAAAGCAUACACCCUCUGGGUAGACACUGGAACCAACUGUACUGUACUUGGACCUAUAAGGAGUACUAACACAAACCUCUUUGUAUAACUGACAAAGACUGACUGUAAAUAUUAGACCAGCUGAAUGUUCUUGUACAGUUAUAAUUUCCUACAUUCUGCCUCUCUCUUCUCGUGUUUGGAUUUGCGUUGUGUACCUUUGUGCUCUUCUGCACAUGAAAUCUCACUGGGAACAUAAACAUAGUUGUUAAUACACCCUUUUGAACCAAUGACACCCAGGGUACACCGUCCAAAGAAAUGAUCUUUUUGGUAAGUUGUGUGCCAUUAAUUUGCAGGAGCACAAACAAAGAUAAGCUCAACCCAAACCAUAUUUUUCUGAAGCACACAUGUUUAUGAUAGAGCGUUGCAAAGUUUACAACUCUAAUUUUUUAUUUUUUCUUCUUUUUGACUUUUAUGAUUUUUAUUUAGGCACUCAUAGUAUCUUUAACACAUACUGGAGAAAGAACUGAUAACCUUACCUCGUAGAAUGUUAUUCAAGCUAUAUAGCAGAGCAGUACAGUGGCAAACCCUUCUUGACAGGAUAGUUGUACUGUGGAUUUAAAAUCCAACAUUAUUUUGGCAUUUGUCUUAUGACCAAAUAGUUGUGGUCUGAGGCUUGUUAUUUAAUGUGUAAAUCACUGUCUAAAUUAUUAUUGCUCAAACGUUUAAUGUUUUGUAGUUUAGGAUCAAUUUGGAGUGUUUACUCCAUUUUUCAGGAGCAAAGGCAAAAUAAGCUAUUCUUGAUUUUGGUGCAGUAUUUUACACCAUUUUAAUUUAAAUGCAUACUGAAUAUCUGCUGCCACUUUUUUUUAAUAUUUCAAUAAUGUUUCUUCAUAAAGUUUUGGGAAGAAUUCAUAUUUUUCCUUUGCCCAUGAAAUUUAAACACAGAUUUUGUGCAUCUUAGCAAAAAAGUUAGAAACCUGUUUUUUUAUGUUAAGAAUGAAAAUGUUUAAAGUUAUAUAAAACCCUUUAAUGAGAAGCGUUUUUUUAGAUGUAAUAGCCAUAAAGGCAUAUUUCUAUGAAUCUUUCUGCAUAUUUCUAUGAAUAUUUUGUUACCCUUCCAGUUGUAAUUCCAGAUUAGGACAUCAAGCCCCACUACACACAGGUAUAUGCAAAAGGUUUGUCCUUGCACUCUUACGUUAGAUAGCAUCUUAAAGUUCUUUCUUUUUCUUUCUUUUUUUUCAUUUAAUGUGUCUGGUGCUACUUCUUAGUUGCUUAUUUGUUGUUGGUUUUGACAGUUUGGUGGUGGGAAGGAAAAGCAUGCCGAUUUUCUUUGUGGCCUAUUUUUUUUUUUUUUUAAUAGACUUCCUGUGCUUGAAUGAAGAGUGUAUCUAAACCCAUUUAUUUUUGGACAGGGUACACUUGGAGGUACCAAGUGCGGUCUGUGGUAUUAUGUAAAGCUAGUAUUGGUAUUAUUAAUGUGAGAAUUACAGAUCCAUUUUACAAAUGUAUGUUGAAGUGGAUUCAAUUACAGACCAUGAGAAGCUAUUGCAAACUAUCAUAUUUAUUUUCUUCUUGGUGGUAUCUCUCUUACGAAAUGUAUCAUUUAAGUAUAUUUUUACCAAAGUUGGAGCAGGUCCACUCACCUUUGACUUUUUGUUUUAAUAAAUAUAAGCUUUGGUUUGAGAUUCAUACACCAGUUUGUAAUAAAGAAUAGUUGGCCAUGUUUUCAAUGACUGGAGUGACAUUUUGAAUCCAACCAACUGCGUAGUAACUCACACUACUGUAAAAUGUAUCUUGUGAUAUGUUUGCCAGCUGCUCUCAAGCAUAGACAAACAACAUUGUCUAAUUAUUUUAAGUUUUGUAAAUUCUAAAUCAUUGUUAUAAAAAAUGUGUUAAAUGUGAAACGGACUAUUGGCAAUUGUGUACAUUUGUGUGGUUUUUUUUCUCAUUUAAUAAUGGACAAUUAUACGUCUCAAUGUGUACAUAUUUAAUUCAUAUGUAGGAUAAAGAAUAACAGAUCUUUCUGAAAUUGUAUCUAUUUUCCUGUCCAUUGUCCUUCUGUUUUGCAUUGUUGGUGGGGGGGUUUUUGGGGGGGGGUUCUAUUUUGUUUGUUUUUUUCUCUUCAACAAACGCAUGAGCAGGUUUGCUCUGAUGUGAAAAUGAAGAAAUCGUAUGCAAGAUGAACAGAUGCAUCUUUAAAUAUGGACUUGGUUUGCAGCGCUUCAUUGGUAAGGAUUUAAAUAUCAACUGCAAAUAGAGACCUGAGCCGUACUAAAGCAAACAGCAGAAUCUCUGUAUAUUCCAACAAAGAAUUUGAAAUCUAAACAAACUCAAUAUGGGAUAUUACUUUGGAUUUAAUUAUGGACUAUCUGUUUUUGUUUAAAAGUGUAUUAUUAAAGUGUUAAUUUUUUAUGUACGUAUGGCUGCAUCAACUAUUAGUAUAAGUUUUAAAAAAAAAAAGUAAAUCUAAAUAUGGCUAUAUGAUUCAUUUUUUACGUUUCUGUGUUGUGUUCUGAAUCUUAAAAAGACAAAAUUAAGCUUUCAUGGUUUAGAUAGAACAUGUAGUUUAAAACAACUUUCCUAUUUACAUAGGUGCUCAGGAGCGUGCACGUGUCUUUAAUACUCUAUGGCAACAGUGUUUUAAGCAGCAUAUUAUACCUUGUUGCAAAUACUGCUGCCAUAGAUUAGUAAAGACACGUGCACGCUCCUGAGCUCCUAUGAAACGAUGUAGAUGUACAAAUGUGUAAAUUUGAUAAUAUAAGUAAAUUGGAAAGUUGUUUAAAUUUGUACACUCCAUCUGAAUUAUGAAAGUUUUUACUUUACUGUCCUUUAAGAUAUUUUAGUGUGAUAGAUAUUGGUUUUGUUUACAUGAAGUAAAUAUUGAUAUAUACAUAAAAUGUGCAUAUCUGCAUAUUAAGAGAUGUAUGAAGCUGUGUGUGCUACUCUGUGGUUCAGGUUGAUUUAGAAUUAGACAUUAAUUGGACUACAGUUUAAAACUGGCUUUCAAAUUUUUACCACAUAAAGGACAUGAUUGUAAAAAAAAAAAAAAUGUAUGUUCUAAGCAAGCAACAGUACCAUACUGCUCUAUGUGGUUAACUCCUGCAAAUGGAUUAAAGUUUGUUCAAGAGCAUCAAUGCAUCACUGGGUGCUAUCUGAAAACAUCUGGUGCACCAAUGACGAGACAGGAGUGUGUUGCCACCAAUCACCAGCUUGUCCCCAAUACUGCAUUGCUCUUACUGAGCAAAUACUUUUCAACAAAGGAUAACAAGCGUAAAAGGUAAAUUUGGUAAUAGUAGUGAAUAUAAAUGUGUCUUAAAGUUAUGUGCUCUAUUUGGAUCAGGAAAGUUUUCUUUCCACUUUCAUGUUCCUUUGGGAUUUUGAAUGUCAAACUAGAAUAAUCACAGAAAAACACUGAGAAUAAAUGAUUAAAAAUCAACUGAACAUAUAUUUGUGUAAACUAAAGUCUGAACGUUUUGUCAUACGUUUAAACAUAAGAAGAUCUCACGAAAGUGUCUAGUGAUUUGAAAACCUACAAGAGGUAUUACUCCAAAAUCACAGUGGCCUCUUGCUUCAAAUUUGUAUUAUUUGUAUGAAAAAUGUAUCUUUGUGGUGCCAUUAUGUAUUUAUACUUUUUAUGACCUGUAAAUCAAUAAAAUCAUAGAAAGUAAAA